CCUCUUAGUCAUUGUUUCCACAUGACCCCACCUGAACUCAUCUCACCUGAAUAUAAGCAUUGUGUCACGUAUAGUCCCUGUUUUCACCUGCUGUAUGUUUGAGGAGAGUGUAAACUGAUCAUUACCUCGCAAUGGACCACAUUGUGUUGCUGCUGGUUUGUGUCGCUCCGGUGGUUCGCUGCUACAGUUCCGGUCAAGUUGAGGAAAGCUGCGGAACCAUGCAACCCCGCCACUCUGGGCUGAGCCCGCAGACAGUACCAGCACCCUUCACCAUCACUACGGACCGCAGCAGCUACAGUCCUGGACAGGGGGUCAAAGUUCAGCUCCAGGCUCUGGGCUCCACACCGUUCUCUGGCUUCCUGUUGCAGGCUAGAGAGGUGGGGGGUCAGUCUGCCGUGGGAUCCUUCACCCUGACAACAAAUGCCGCCCAGCUACUCACAUGCAGCCAGAAUCCUAACUCAGCUGUAUCCCACACAUCAGCAUCUGCGAAGACCUCUGUUGAGGCGACAUGGAAAUCAGAUGCCGCAACAGAGGGGAAAGCCAUCCAGUUCCAUGCAUCCUUUGUGCAGAAUUUCAGGACAUUCUGGGUUGAUGUUACAACUCCUGCCCUGACUUUCACUAAGCCCAGUACUAGUGGAUCAGCCAGUUCCACCACACCAGCAACUACCACAGCACUUCAACCUACAACAACGACUACUAUCUCCAGUACAGGCUGUGGUGUCACCAAGGUGUGUUUCAGUCAGCCUGCGAACUGUGAUCCUGCAGUCAGGUCUGACUGUUACUUCAUGUCAGCCAUGAUGUCGUCUCCCACUGACAGAGCCAUCCACUUUGAGAUGACAGGUCCUUCUAACGGAUACAUUGCUUUUGGAUUUUCAGAUGAUCAAAAGAUGGGAAACGAUGACAUUUAUAUUUGUGGCACAGGCAGUAACGGCCAGGUGUGGUUGCAGCAUGCCUUUUCAACAGGUCGAACGACUCCACAAACUGUUCCUCUGGGGAAUGUUUCUGAUGUGAAAGCGUCAGUGCACAACGGGGUGAUCAGCUGCUCCUUCACCUCCAUGAACACUAUUUCCACUCAGAGGACCACCGGCCUCAACAACACCUACUAUCUCAUGUUUGCUCAUGGACCCACCACCAAUGGACAAAUCCAGAUCCAUGUGGAUACCUUCAUCAGCACUGACAAGAUAGACAUUUCCAGUCCUCGGGCUCUCGGAGACGCUGCGAUGCCUAGUAUCCUCAAAGCACAUGGAACACUGAUGCUGAUCGCCUGGAUGACCACGGGAACACUGGGAAUGAUGGUAGCCCGAUAUAUGAAAGGAAUGGCCAAAGGACAGAACCUGUGUGGCAAAGAUGUCUGGUUUCUGGUCCAUGUAGCAGUGAUGAGUGUGACGGUGGCAGCCACAAUUAUUGCCUUCAUCCUCGUCUUUUCAUAUGCCAGGGACUGGUCUGAUGGAGCUCAUCCUGUGUUAGGUUGUUUGGUUAUGAUCCUCUCGUUCUUACAGCCAAUAGUAGCUCUGCUGCGUUGUGGACCACAACAUCGACUGAGAUAUGUGUUCAACUGGUCACACUUUUUAAAUGCAGUGGUAAUAAAAGUUUUAGCAGUGGCGGCCAUAUUUACAGGCCUGAGGAUGAUUGACAGGACCGAGGACCAAUGGCUGGUGAAAGUCAUGGGUGGUUUUUUUGGCUGGGAAGUUUUGUUCUACAUUCUCUUGGAGAUCUAUUCACGGAAGGAUAAAAGUACAGACCGGUUCGAAUCAAAAAUGAUAAACACUGAUGCCCUGCUGAUGGUUGUGUUCCUCCUGGGAAACCUUACCUUUCUGGUGGCACUGUUGGUUGGAAUUGGGAAUUCAUAAGAAAAGCCAUGAUAGAACAAGAACAACGUCCUAAAACAUCUCCAUAAUCAUAUACCAGGACUUUGUUUUUAUCAUUUCUUUAAAUCCAAUUUUUUUUUUUUUUUAAUGAAAUGUACAUAUUACCAUAUUACGUACAUACAUACUAUUUGAAAGUGUAAUUUUUGGGCCCUACAUCAAAAUAAAUGUUAUUUACAAUA